CUCUCCAUCCCUAAACUACCUGCGAAGCCACUGCUGCUAUUGAAGAUGAACUCCUUGGGACUGGCGUGCAUGAGGAUAUCCCGACUCUCUGCAAGGAGAUGUCGCAACCAACGUUGCAGGUGGACCUCCGCCUCGAAGCCGUCUGCUCCAGCGUCCGCCGAAGCAGCCCACACUCCUGUAAAUGUAGAUGACACCCACUUUGGGUUCCAGCAGGUUCCCUCGGAACAGAAGAAGGGCAUGGUGAAAGGCGUCUUCACGAGCGUGGCCCACAAUUACGACGUGAUGAACGACCUCAUGAGCGCAGGGAUGCACCGAAUUUGGAAGGAUGAGUUUGUGGACAUGCUGCGAAUUUCGCCGGGUUUCGAAGCGGGUUCGCCGGCCCCGAAGGUGCUGGACGUGGCCGGGGGAACCGGAGACAUUGCCUUCAGAGUGGCCGAUCAGUUGCGACCUUACAUGGCCGGUUCACCAGCUGGGGACGCCACCGGAGAGGGGGAGGAGCAGGGGGGGGUGCAGCAGGAUGGAGCUGCAGGAAACGCCAUCGACAGCAAUGUUCCUCUGCUUACCGUUAGCGACAUCAACCCGGACAUGCUGGAGGUCGGGGAGCAACGUGCCGCGGACCGCUUCUCCCCCGAGAUUCUUACCAACAUGCAAUUUGUCCAGGCAGACGCGGAGGCAUUGCCGUUCGAGGACAACUCGUUCCACCUCUACACCAUCGCCUUCGGCCUGAGGAACGUCACGGAUGUGAGAGAAGAGGGAGGUCGCACAAAGGCGCUUGUUUUUUCGUGUUGGUCAGGAUGUUUAUCUUCUUGAUGGUGGCUGUCGUUGGUGUCGGUGAUGGUGUUAUGACGGAUGUUGUUGCUGGCCCUGCUGCAGCUAGUUUUUCUGUUGUGUAUGUUUGUUGGCACUCCUGCUACCUCUCUACAAUGUGCCCUGCCAUUGUUUUAUGUUACCGGUGCUACUGCAUUCCAUGCAGCGAGCUACGUGGUUGCUAAGCUGCUGCUCCGGCCGCCUCGGGUUCUCUCGCACAGCAGAAGCAUGCUCUUUUGCUCUCGUACGGCAGAAGUGUAUUCUUGUGCGAGUAGCAGGCACGCUCCAGGUAGAAGUUGUGGAUUCCUGACACCGACUCCCUACCUUGGUGAAUGAUCUUCGGAGGGUUGAUCAUGAUCAGGUUGACAAGGCCCUCCGGGAGGCGCAUCGAGUGCUCAAGCCCGGGGGCAGGUUCAUGUGCCUCGAGUUCAGCCGAGUUCCCAUAGAACCGCUGCAGAAGGCCUACGACUGGUACAGCUUCAACGUGAUUCCUACCAUCGGGCAGGUGGUCGCCAAGGAUCGAGAUGCCUACCAGUAUCUCGUGGAGAGCAUCCGCAUGUUCCCUGGGCAAGAAGAGCUGGAGGAACGCAUGUCUUCCGCGGGCUUCAAGGUGGUAGCUCACUCCAACCUCUCGGCAGGUGUGGUGGCGGUACACUCCGGCUUCAAAAUGUCCAAAAGAAGACCGACCAGCUAGAACAAUCAGGGACACGAGUGUUCCAAGGGCAUUGGCAAUAACUCCAAUCCGGCGCCAGACACAAUUCCGCGGUACUCUUUGAACGGGUCCCCGCGGAAUGGACGAUGAAGCCGUUCGUGUGUGGUAUCGGUUUGUUACUGCUGUCAGUCGUCUUUUCAUUCGUCGGCCGGUUAGUGAGGCCGGUGCGAAGCAUAGAAGCACGCAGGAGGGGAUUACGAGCAGUUGUUUGCAUCAUGUCAACUGCACCUUCCCCGAAGGGGAGAGGAAACGCGUUCAUCCAAUAGUGUCUUGUUUCAUAUCUAGCGAAACGGGAUGUUGGUCUGUGAAAACGCUGGCGUUUAUAUUGUCAGCAGCGAGUGUGUGGAAGAUUUUAGUUGGUUGUAUGCACGGAUUGACCUGUGCACGGUACUUUGUCAUGUUACCUUACCAUGG